GAGUACGUGAGCAAUAAAGUGAUGCCACUCGCGUAAGCGAGCAAUAAUGUGAUGCCACUGAAUUAUUCUUGUACGGAUUCCUUGUUUCUUCAUCACUUCGAAGUCCACAAGCGUGCGAACCACUCGUACGAGAUUUCGAAGAAUAAUCUAUCAAGGGAGGAUUUCAUUAAAAAUAAAGCAAGAUAGGGAAAAAGAGAAGGGUUAAUAGAAAAGAAAAAAAGAGAUGGCCACUGUAAAUAUAAGCAGCGGUCAAAGGACUGCCGUCAGUCGCCCUGAGGGCUCUUCGCGAAAACAAAACAGUUUCGUCCAUAGAUGCGACUUCGCCGCUACUAUUAAUGGGGCAGCGAGUGGAACAGACGUAUACGAAAAGAAACAAUCAAAUAAUUCUUCGAGAAUUAGCAACAGAACCACGAGAACUUGCACAUCGAGUGUGUGCACCACAAGAACUUCCCUGACCUCUACUAGGCUUCCAUUGAUGAUCUCCCCAGUCUAUGGUGAUUCUCAUGUAGCCGACGCUUCCAUAUACUUCGAUGACAUCAGAGAUUGCAUUUUGGCUGCCCGUGAAGUGAAAUCAAUAUCACCAAGCGAAAUAAAAUCUAGGAAGAAAACGAUGAAUCCCUUAAAGAAAACGAAAAGCAGGAGGAAAUCGGAACUCCAUAUCGACGCCGUUGCUGAUGACCAAAAUGACAGGAACAACCAACGGGCAGAAGACACCCGAUCAACUUCAAGCUCGAAGAAUAGUAACAGUUUAGGUAGGAUCAAAGGCAAAGGCAAAGAACAAUCUAUUAAAGCCAGCUGCACUGACCAGCAGAAGAAUGGAGAAAAGAAAACGAAAUUCAAUCCCUCGGACGAAAUUAAAUUCGAGGAAGAUAAGGGUAAGCAUAUACUAGAGAUCCCGACUCAUGAUGACAUAUGUUCUGCAUCGUCAGAGGAAAUCGAGGAAAUCGAGGCGAUGAACUUUGUGGAUGCCUUAGACCAGACAAGUCAUGGGUUUAUGAACAAAGCCCCACUGACCACGCAAAGCGUAAAAAGAUCAUCAUGCUAUUUCUCUGCGCUGACGAGUUAUGGCUUCAUUGAGCGCACUGCAAUGAAACCUGACAGAAUUGAGGCAUUUUUCUAUAGCAAUGGCAUGACGCUAUCUCUAGGUAUCUUGUUUUUCGCAAUAAAUGUGAUCGUUGGUGCACAUGCUGCGUCUCAAUUCACGCCGUUUGGUGGGUUCGUUACGGACAGUGACAUCUUGCGGGUUACUCUACCAAUAGCUCGAGCCGGAGGGAGACUGGUCACCUUCAAUUGUGCCUUGCUGCUCCUCACAGGAUGCAAGUAUAUGUGUACCCUGAUUCGAACUUAUGUCGUGCCAGUCAUUCCAAUCGGAUUUCCGAUGGACGACAUCAUGCCAAAAUAUCAUCGAUUCGUCGGUUUAUGCAUUAUUGUAUCUGGAUGUAUCUUACAUACGAUUCCCCAGGCAAUUAAUUACGCAACAGGGAAAAUAUGGUUGAUUAAAAAUGGAGGAAAGAUCUGGACUUUUGGCAACGGUAUUGCUCAGACGCAGCUCUUGAUAACAGGGUCACUUUUGCUUGCAAUAUUUGUAACGUUCUUCCUUACUACUCUUAAGGGCUUCCGAAAAACUGCUGCCGGAUUUCGAUGGUUUUGGUUUUUCCACACGGGAGGAGUCGCUCUGGCAUACCCUCUUCUAAUUAUUCACGGGACCUACAAGGGGAGUCCUCUGUUCCUUUAUUGCGCCUUCAUCCCAUUGGUUAUAUACCUCCUUGACGUAAUACUGAGGCGUUCAAAGAUCACAAAAGCCGAAGUUCUUCUUUGGAAGACGCACUCUGACAAAGGGCACAACCUUACGGAACUUGUUCUCAAAUGCCCUCAAAACUUUGUUUACACUCCUGGCCAGUACGUUGAAUUGAAGUUCCCUACUCUUUCUAAUCACGAAUGGCAUCCGUUCACUAUUGCAAGUGCUCCCAACAGUGUCAUUCGCGACUGUGGCGACACCAGAGUGCUCGUCUUCUUCAUCAAGGCAACCGGAAGAUGGACACAAGCUCUCUUCAACUAUGCCUCGGCGUUCAAACUGUCAAAAGCCACACAAAGUCAAGAAAUGAUCAUCCGUGGUCCCCAUGGUGCUCCGAUCGUAAAUUUCUCCGAAUACAAACAUAUCAUGCUGGUUGGGGCAGGUGUUGGGGUGACACCACUUUUGUCAGUUUGGCAACACCUGUUAGGGGAGGGACGUUCUAAAAUCGAAGCGUACCACAGAGAACCAUCGUUCCGCUAUACAUUCCAAGAAGAAGACGACGAAAAGACUUCAAAAUUCCGGUCCAUGUGUCACCGCAUUGAGCACGUUCUGGAGUCUUUAACGGCAUCGAUUUGUCUUCUUUGCAUCUCCGUUAUUGGCGAGACGGCUGUAAUUACAGGCACACUUUUCGGGUACUACUGGGAGGCUAAUAUGAUUGGAUCCAUCCUUGCAAGCGGCUUGGUGUUAUUUCAUAGUGGAACCAUCCUUGUGUCUAUAGUCGCAUACGAUGGUGGUAUCCAGUAUUUUUUUCGUUUCAAGUGCUGGCUCGAAAGUGGAAUCGUUCUUGUCGAUGCGGUGAACUUUUUUAUUGUUCUUCCGACGUUGACCAGAACAAACCCGAGUGACAAAGAAAUAAGCACACCACUCCUAUUUGGACUCGCUGGUAUGAGCGUAUUCCUGCAUGUGGCCCGGACGUUCCAUGUUUUUUAUACCGUGUUGAGGCCCAAGACUGAAUUGAUGGAAGGGCAAAAACAGAACCACAUCUGUUCAGUUCAAGGGAUAUUUGUCAACAGAAGUUAUAAGGGAAUGAGAUUUGCAUUCGAGCAAUUGCUCCAACCACUCGAAGAGGGGCUGUCAGGGGCAUUCUCAUUGCAAUUUUACGCCACCCAAGAAAAGGAUAAGAAGAAAACCAAAACGAUGAAGUCUCUAAAAAGGGGGGUGGAUGCCAGCUUCCACGGAAGAAAAUUAGCAUCAGAUUGGGACACCAGUACCGACAAUUUCUACUGUUUUCGAGAAGGACGUCCCGACUGGGAAUUGAUUUUCCGGAAGUCCAUUCUCAAAGCCCAUUUUUCUUGCACCUCCGGUGAUUCAGUGGGUGUGUUCUUUUGUGGAAAUCCGGCCUUGUCGAAAGAGUUAAACGAAGUGGCAGAUAGAGUCAGUGCUCAGCACCGAUACUCCGUAAAGAAGGCAAAGGGAAUGAGUUGCAAGUGCAAGAUCGUGGUUCACACAGAGAACUACUAGGUCCAGGAUUUGAUGCGGCUCAAGCCAGGGCUUCUACCAAAAUUAUGUACAAAGCGGGAGAAAUUCCUACAGGUGCGGGUAAAAACAUGGAAUUUUACCUCCUGAAACCGCAUGCUACCGUACGUACCAAAUAAAACUUCAUUAUUUAA